AUGCGGCUAGCCUCAGGCCCAGAGAGGCAGAGGGCGCAACUGACAAUACCAAAAGUGCCCAAGUUCCCGUUAUCGUCACCGAUCACGGAUGAGAUUGCCAGUCCGACUACCACCACCUCGUCAUCCCCAGAGGAUCGAGACUUGGAAAGGAACCGGCCGUUCGAGUUCCUCUCCAAGAUGUCUAGCAGGAAUCCGUAUGCUACUACUGCACCCGACAGGAUCCGGAACUUUGAACAGGGCGUUAUCUCUCACACAAAUGAAGGACGAGGGGAUGUUAGUUCGAACCCUUUUGCUGCACCGAGGAAUCCGGAAAGACCUGUAGGGCUGAACUUGGAUAUUCCGACUUCGAACCCGCAACCGCGCAAGGAGACGGCUGGUGCUUUCGUGGAUUUGAACGACCUCAAGGUGCUUUCAAAGGCGCGGGAGGAAGAGAGGACGGCGCAGAAGCUAAAGGGUAUUCUGAAGAAGGGCGAUGCGAAGAAGGAAAAAGGAGAUACCAGAGGGUUCCAAAGGUUGCCGGACGACCCGUCAGGCUCGGAGGAAGGAACUAAGAGGGCUUCGCUGCUCGAAGCCGUCUCUAAGGGUUCUAAGAAUAACGAUAGACACGACGGUAUCUCACCGACUGACCGGCCGAUCGUUAUAGGGUUCUCAGUGCCCUAUGACUCCCCGGACUUCCACGAUGAGAAACCAAAGGAGCUUGAUAGUGCAGGUACACUACAUACUCCGCUUACACCUUCAAUCAUAGUCACUCCUGCCAAAGAGGAUGGCUUCUGGGAACAGCACCUUAGCCCAGAGAGAUCACGCCCAAGAGCAGCAUCCAGUGUUUACUCACAGCCAUCACCGCAUCUUUGGACCAAUCAAGCCGACGUACCGCCCGUUCCAGCGCUUCCGGCGCUUUACUCUAGUGGUAACGAUGGAGGUAAUGCGUCACCCACCGGCCCAGGGGUAUCAGUUGACUCGGUCCGGAAACGCCGCUCGUUCUCUACGGGUGCCGUCAAUGAGAAAAGCGAGGAAGAUCAACUAGAAGGGCGUCCUCGAUCGCAAUCAAACGAGAAGGGUUCUCGCCCCGCUGAUCGACUCACUAUCAACACAUCACUAAAUGCUCGUGCGUCCCACGGGUGGUGGAACUAUCUGCUUUCGCCUUUGCUGAGCGCCAGUUCGCUUCUGAGUCCAAAGACACCAACAAUCAAGUCUCGCCCGAAGGUACCCACCAUUUCGACCAGCUCAACAGGAUUGACGGAUGAAUGGUGGGAUGAGAAGGAAAAAUGGGAGGAGACGGAGAAAGAGAAAGAGAAGGAAGUGUCACAUUUCUCGCCAGAUACACCAGAGGCUACGCGAAGGAUAUCCAGUUGGCGAACUGCGAGCAUCAACCCGUUUGCCGAUUUCGACUGGAGCAUAGAAGAGCAGUCUCAAGCGCCCAGAGACCGGGAUGUUGCGUCGAUGAUGUUUUCAGGCGAGAGAAUUCAGGGCGAGGCGGCCGAGUACUACCAAGCGUGUGCCCAUGAGCUGUUCAGCGGAACUCCCUAUUUUGAAUGCGUCAACCAUGUCUGCUCCAUUACCCCGAAAGACAAGAUUCCCGUUGUUGAUGCUAGCCUUACACAGCAAAACAAAGAAGGAGACCGGGGUCUCCUAAUUGAUGUGGACGAUAUGCCGCGUUCACAUAAUCAGGAGUCACCAGCUUCUGGGAUUACGUCUAUAAAUUCAAGUCCAUCAGAUAAUGAGAGCAGGAUACCUAGGGAUUUGAAAACAUCACUUGGCGCCUCACGAGCAGCCCCAAGCGAGAGGGCAUCAGAGACGCCAAAAGCUGGAUCUCCAAUUCCUGGAUCUGAUGGAAACACCAGACAACUAGAAUCACCAGGUCAAGGACAUCCACCCACCAACCCUUUCCUCGAACAAUCAAGAGGAUUCACUCCACCCCCACAGCACGCUCCUUUUCAACCUCCUCCACCUUCAAAUGUUCAUAUUGAAAGUGGCCCCGUUCCAGCUCCGGCGAAUAUCCACAUAGAAACACCAGCAGCUCAACCUGCUCCGAACAUCCAUUACCAAGCACCUCCAUCUCCACCACCACCUAUGGCACUUGACGCUCCUGAACCCUAUGUGGCAUCCAGAGAGCCUGUGCCUUUCCGCGAACCUUCACCAGAGCCCAUUGCACGAACCCGUGCCGCUCCACCUCCCAUUGCAAUGCCUGGCCCGGAACAAACGCCCCCUCCAAACUACGGAGCGCAAUCCCACUCUCCUUAUCCACGUUCUCCAGAAAGUCUCCAGGAGUCUACAGAGAGAGGCGCUGUUCGGCUUUCAAAUAUGCCCGUGGGCCCGGCUCCGGCCUAUACGCCUCAUGACAACUCUGCGCUCCCUCCUCGUGUGAAAGCAGUCCCCAUCACGCAAGACGUGCUAGGACACCCCGUGACAGAGAGAGACCGGAUAGAAAACCGCCGACGACGAUAUGAAAGGGAGGACGCAGUGGGCAGGAAAGCCGGUGGGUGGUGGAGAGGCAGAGGCCCCUUCAGCAACAAAGGAUGUUUCGGGCGAACAGGCCGAGAGGGAAGAUUGAGACGCCGGUGGUAUUUUGUCAUCUGUCUUUUCUUCAUUGCGAUUGUGGUCGGCGCUAUUCUUCUCGCCGUACUCUUGACGAGGAAGGGAGAUGGUACUCCAGUUCAAUCGCAGUGGCUGAAUUUGACGGGCUACCCGCCAAUGCCAACAGGAAUAUCGACAAUUGCCGGCCCUGAGGCGCAAACGCAGGAGUCAGGAUGCAUUGUCCCAACAUCACUAUGGAGCUGCGCUUUACCGAAAGAGCAGCAAGCUGACAAUAAGCCGUACAAGGCGAAUCAGCCUAAUUUCCGUAUGGAAGUUAGGUUCCAGAACGGAACGUACAGCAGAAGUACUGCAAUCGCAUCACGGUCUCUCCAAAUGCUCUCAAGGAGCGUCAAUCAACUAUUCAACCCUAAUCCCUCGCCGCCACCUACGGACGAACAAAUCUUCCUCGGGGAAACGACAGAUAAAAUCUCUGAGCCUUACAACGGCGAGGAAACCCCAUUCUACAUAACCAUGCUCUCCGCAGAACACCUAGCCUCAUACUCAUCUCAAAUAGACAAACGAGACUCAAAUUCAUCACAUUUUCCUGCACUAGAUGGCGUUGUCCCAUCACCAGCCGUCGACUCAGACGGAUCUGCUGCUCCUGCAGUCCUCUACCCAUUCCCUUCAUCCCAACCCGUCCGCCUCUACAACCGCGGCAAAGACAACGAGCACUACGGCUUCUAUACUUACUACGACAAAUCCAUCUUCUCCUUUUCAUCCACCCCUCUCACAGGAGAAAAGGACCCCUCUGCAAACGACACAGCCGGCGGCUCAACCAAAGCCAACGCCCGUGUCCGCUGCACAUGGGCUCAAACCCGCUUCUUGGUUCAGAUCUGGACAAAGCCCGAGAAAUCGGGAAAAGUCAUAUUCGACAGAACCGGAAGUGGUGGUAAUAAGACAGCCUCUAAAACCGAAUCGUCGCCAUCGCCAACAUCCACUUCAUCUUCUGCGGACUCGACCGCUUCUUCCUCUGCAACGGACUUCACUCGCCCCGGCUCCUUUCCUUACCCAGUAACCAUCACACUGGAUCGCCACGGCGGUAAACCAGGCAAGAAGAUGUUGUACUGCUAUGGUAUGGAAGGCGACGGACAUGUUAACGGUACGGAGAAGAUGAUCCAGAUGGAGGAACGGGGUUUCGCGGGGAAGCUGGUUCAUAAGGCCCCGGGAAUCUUCAACGAUACGGAUUCUGGUGAUUCUAGUGAUGAUGAGGAUAAGGAUGGGAAGAAAUAUGGCGGGUAUGAUGGUGGGACCGGGGGCUGCUCGUGUCAGUGGGUGAAUUGGAUUGGGUCUAAAUAA